CAUGUUAUUUACCUCUCAACAGCCUGUUUCAAUGAAGAAAUGAUUUGAAUAAAAUAAUUAAAAACAAAAAGCAAGACAUUGUUGAUGUGCCAGUUGCUUGCUAGGGUUUUGUUUUUGUCUUCAAAUUCUGAAAUAAACCCCAUCCCCUAUUUAACCUCUUUCUCUUCACAAUUUCAUCUCUCAAACAUUCUCUACCAUAUAUAAGUGUUAUUGCUACCACCAUAUUAUGGCUCCUGAUGACCUGAUCUUGCUCUUCUUUCGCUAACUUACCUGCAGGAAUUGUCGAAAUCAACUCAUCAGCCAACAAUUAACCCCAGCACUAGCACCACCACUACCACUUCCAGUGGGGUGUUGUGGAUGUGGGACCCUAAUCAACCGGCUGCUAACUCUCAAGAAAAGGAUGAUUCAUGGGAGGUUAGAGCCUUCGCGGAAGACACUGGAAAUAUCAUGGGCACAACUUGGCCACCACGCUCCUACACUUGCGCGUUUUGCAGGCGGGAAUUCCGGUCAGCCCAGGCCCUUGGUGGCCACAUGAAUGUGCACCGCCGUGACAGGGCUCGCCUCCACCAAGCUCAGCCAAAUUUGAAAAACCCUUACAUCACUUCUUCAAUUUCUUCUUCUUCGUCUUCCACUCUCUUGAUCCCAACACAAGACUUUGAUGGAAAUGGUGGUUUAUGUCUUCUAUACUCUUUACCGAACCCUAAUACCAUAUUUAGCCCUAUAAAAACAUUCAAUGAUAGCACCUCUAGUCGUCUCCCGAUUGCACCACAUCCCACCACUGCUAACUUGAUGAACUUUCCAGUAGCUGUUCUUCCUGACAAUAUCAAAUCUUCUCUAUCCAACUCUAGCAACACUCUCGGAUCAAUGUCCACCAGUAACAAUAACAAUCAUCUUCUCUUGACAAAUUCCGCAGUGGAAGAGUUAGAUCUAGAACUUCGUCUCGGACGCAGUUCAACAUCACCUACUUGAGUUAAAAAAGAAAACACAUACAUGGUGUGCUUUGUCUUUCUUUUGGUGUUUCUGUUUUCAGUAAAUGAGUUGCCUUGUUAUACUGAAGCUUCUCGCUUCCUUUCUCCUUAACAAAUCUUGAGAAAGGUUUUAUUAUUUAAUUUGUUUUGUGUGAUUAAUGAAAAUGAUGUUGUAAAUCAAAAGAAAUAGAGGGGCUAAUCUAGUUGAAUAAUGCUGGGAUGAUUUCGAGGUUAUUUGAGAAGAGAGAAAGUGAGGGUAAAGAACAUAACAGUGCAGUGUCGUUAUCUUG